AUGAAUCAGGUUCUAACCAUUCUUUUUCUGUAUCUAUCAGCGUUGGCUGUUGGUCUAGGCCUUCCCAUGCCUGGUUCAAAAUCUCCUUCUCCACCCCCCGACCAAAAUCGCUCGCCAAGCCCCAUACAAAUCGAUCCUGCAGCAGCUGCAGCAGCUAUAGUAUCGAAUUUGCACAGGAGUUGUGGGAACUUUGCAAUUGUCGCCUCGUCGGAGGACGUCCCUGGGUCACCAUCUAGCGCUGGGACUCCAAGCAGCGCUGGAUCGCCAGGCAGUCCUGGGUCACCAAACAGCCUUGGGUCACCAGGCAGUCCAGGGUCAUCAGGUCCUUGGUCACCGGCGAGUCCUCGGUCACCAGCCCAGCGUAUGCGUCGCGCAGAUGACUCACCACCGGCAUUCCUCGUGGCAGACUGCACCAAUCAUCUUGGCCAACGACACAAGGUCAACCUGAAUCUGAAUAGAUGUUUCGGUUGGGAUACAGACAAUGUCAGAUUCACAGUACAGCAGAAGAAAGGCAGCCUGGUGUAG